CAUCCCUGCAUCUAGACAAAAAUAAAUAAAUAAAUUUGGGUCUUUCAAUUUAAGACACAACCUCUGUGAACUUGAGCUGGCUAAGAAAGCAAAGCAGACACCCUCUCCAUGUGACUUUACUCUCUCGUCCGUUAUCCUUCAAAAAUAGACGUUCUGAGACAUUCACAGAUGCGCUACUUCCAUGCUAUCGGGGUUCCUCAAGUUUGUCGUUCAAAACCGGCUGAAGGUGCGGAAACCUACGGCGCUCCGCGGUGAACUCGAGCGUCCUUUAAAGUCACCGCCAGCCAGCGCCGCUGUAACCCAGCGCACCACCGACCGGGUCGCUGGCUCCGGGGGCCCCUUCAAUCUGCGCCGACGCGGCGGCCAGAUCCCGGGGACUCCCCGAGUCAGGAAUCUCCCGCCAGCUGCGUGCUGCGUCCCGGCGACGGCAGGAGCACGUGGAGCGGCCGGGCAGCGAGAGCGGCUGCUCCAGACCAGCGGAGCCCGGCGGCGACAUGGAAGAUAUACAACCAAAUGUGGAACUGAAAAGCACUCAGGAGCAGCCUGUGCCCUCAGAAAGUCCAACAGUUUUGAGUGACUACAAUUUAACCAAACCGCAUGAAGUAGAAAAUGUGGACAGUGCAGAAGCCCCAACCAAUGAAGAUGAAGAUACAGGAGAUGAUUCGAUGAAAGAGAAAGAUGAAUACAGUGAAAGAGAUGAGAAUGUUUUAAAGACAGAGCCCUUGGGAAAUGCAGAAGAGCCUGAAAUUCCUUAUAGCUAUGCAAGAGAAUAUAAUGAGUAUGAAAAUAUUAAGCUGGAGAGACAUGUUGUCUCGUAUGAUAGUGGCAGGCCAACCAGUGGAAAGAUGAACUGCGAUGUGUGUGGAUUAUCCUGCAUUAGCUUCAAUGUCUUAAUGGUUCACAAGAGGAGCCAUACUGGUGAACGCCCGUUCCAGUGUAAUCAGUGUGGGGCAUCUUUUACUCAGAAAGGUAACCUCCUCCGCCACAUUAAACUGCACACAGGGGAAAAACCUUUUAAGUGUCACCUCUGCAACUACGCAUGCCAAAGAAGAGAUGCGCUCACGGGGCAUCUUAGGACACAUUCUGUGGAGAAACCCUACAAAUGUGAGUUUUGCGGUAGGAGUUACAAGCAGAGAAGUUCCCUUGAGGAGCACAAGGAGCGCUGCCGUACAUUUCUUCAGAGCUCUGACCUGGGCGACACUGCAAGUGCGGAGGCAAGACACAUCAAAGCAGAGAUGGGAAGUGAAAGAGCUCUCGUUCUGGACAGAUUAGCAAGCAAUGUGGCAAAACGAAAAAGCUCAAUGCCUCAGAAAUUCAUUGGUGAGAAGCGCCACUGUUUUGAUGUCAAUUAUAAUUCCAGCUACAUGUAUGAGAAGGAGAAUGAGAUGAUACAGACCCGGAUGAUGGAUCAAGCCAUCAACAAUGCUAUCAGCUAUCUUGGGGCUGAAGCCCUGCGCCCCUUAGUCCAGACACCACCUGCCCCCACCUCUGAGAUGGUUCCAGUUAUCAGCAGCAUGUACCCCAUAGCCCUCACCCGGGCUGAGAUGCCAAAUGGUGCCCCCCAAGAGUUGGAAAAGAAGAACAUCCACCUGCCAGAGAAGAAUCUGCCUUCUGAAAGAGGCCUCUCCCCCAACAAUAGUGGCCAUGACUCUACGGACACUGACAGCAACCACGAAGAACGCCAGAAUCACAUCUAUCAACAAAAUCACAUGGUCCUUCCCCGGGCCCGCAGUGGGAUGCCACUGCUGAAGGAGGUCCCCCGCUCUUAUGAACUCCUCAAGCCCCCUCCCAUCUGCCCAAGAGACUCCAUCAAAGUGAUCAACAAAGAAGGGGAGGUGAUGGAUGUGUUUCGGUGUGACCAUUGCCGCGUCCUCUUCCUGGAUUAUGUGAUGUUCACCAUUCACAUGGGUUGCCAUGGCUUCCGUGACCCUUUUGAGUGUAACAUGUGUGGAUAUCGAAGCCAUGAUCGAUAUGAGUUCUCGUCUCAUAUAGCGAGAGGAGAACACAGAGCCAUGUUGAAAUGAACAUCAGUACAGAGAUUGCACUAAGGAUUCAAUCUCAUUUUUAAAAACUGAUAACCCUACCCUAACAGGUUGCUCUCAGAUCCACACUCCUUUCCACACCAUUUUUAGUACGGUCAUGUUUCACAUGGAUAGUCAGAGAAACCCUGUUUUCAUUCAGACAGUGUCUGCAAAUCUUCUUUUUACUUUUGUGAAACCUUUGUUUUACCAUCAGUUGAAUUUUAAGGAAUUUAAAAGCCAAAGAAGUAUUUUGUCAUCAUAUUUUGCAGCAAUAGAACAGGCCAUCCGUUGAAGUCUGUUGCCAGUCAGAACAGUCCCUCAAUUGUGCUGCAAUAGAUUCUUUCUGAGAUAUAUCAGUCAUAUAUUGAAAAGCCUUUUAAUCCUUUGCCAUGAAGAGGAAGAACUGACCAGCUGGCCUUGCCCUUCUGCUCUUAACACAAGACUGAAGGGUUAGGAUAUAAUCUCCCCAUCUCAAGUUAUAGUCCAAGAGUAAGGAAAAGAACUGUUACCAGUAACUAAAGGCCCUGAUCUCAGAGCAUCAGACACAUCUCCUAUCACAUAAGCAAAUGGUCAUUUGUUGACACUUUUGCUUCUUCCCUUUCUCCUCUUGUCACCAGUGAAAAGCUAAGCCACUUUAGGCUAAUCCAGUUGUCUACUGGAGAAAUUCUGUACCAAAAGAACUGAUGGUUUUAAAUAUAAACAUCAUUUAAACUCCAGAAAGUUGUCCACUGAGGAUGAUGGCAUCCAUUUCCAUUGAUCAAGAUUGGUGCAGCAGGGUCUGAAGUGAAAUGGUUUAGCGCACCAACAGGGAAAAGAACCCAGCAGCUACCUAAAAGUUCAUUUCCCUUCAUGGAGCAUUAGAGGACAGACCCAAAGCAAACUUGAAAAUGAUUUUUUUUUCCACACACCACAAAAACAAGGAUCCAAAACAUAAGGCUUGGCCUCCUCCUCCCCUCAGGAGGGGAGUCAGUGAUGGACGCCAUGUUGGUUAUUUAGUUCAGAGCUGAACUUGGAGAUGGGGUGAGCCGGGGCACCUCUAUUGACAGUUUCUCCUUGAUCAGGCAGGUGUAGACUCUCUUUUCCCCCAUUUUAAAUGGAGCCGCUGGUAUUCCAUGAAAAUCCCUGAAAGUCUAAUAUAGCUUCUCCAGAUUUAUCAGUCAUCUUUGUUGUGAUUACUGGUCAUCCAGCUAUCGAAGAGAAGUGCUAUGAUAAUUUGUAAUACCAGCAGUGGACCAGGGGUCACCAAACCUGUUUACUAAACCCUGUAUUUGCCACUAAUUAGUUUGUAACUUUGAACAAAUCAUUUAACUCUUAAAACAAAGUUUUUUCAACCAUAAAAUAAGUUGGAUUUAGAUCUUCUCAAUGGUCCCUUCCAGCUUAAUUUAUACAUUAUUAUGCAGUAAUCACAAAUUAUUCUUUAAACUUCUUAAUAUAUGGGUAUUAAGUAGAAAAGUCUGUAUAUGAAAAUGUGUUUCAGAUUUCUUGGGUAUGAAAAUGUUAGUGCAUUAACUUUUUCCUUAAACCACCCCAGUUGUGAAUGUGAAGAAAUGGUGAGGAGAAACAAAAAACAGGAGAGUAUUUUGAUCUUGCCCAAAGUGUAUACACAAAUUGGCACCUGCAGCUUCUUGCCAAAGCCUUUCUUUCUUUCUUUUUUUUUCUUUUUCUUUUUUAAGAACUUGUGUUAGGGAAAAUAAAUUCUGCUUCCAGGGACAACUUCAUGGAGCCUAUUUACAAAUUAAGAGCCAGCUUUAUGAACAUUUCUACCAGAGCCAAGAAUUCCGAAUUCCUGGUAGAUUAGCGUUUUAAUUUCUAAAGGGCUUCUGCAUUCGGCUCUAACUCAACUCAUUUAUGUGCUGCCAGUAAUUAAAAUGUUCCACCUCAGACUGCACAAAUGGCUUAUCCUUCUUUGUAGCAUGGCGUCUGUCUCAGGGGGAAAAAAGGGGUGGUUAUGAAAUUCCAUGGCAACAUUCCCAAUACGUUUGAGCUUUCCGCUAAAGGGCUAGGUGUAUUUUGGUGUGUAGUCUUCAGUACAUUACUGUAUUUCUGAGACACUCGGCUCCAAGCUCUGCCAGAUCACAUACACCCAUUGUGAAAGAGGAGCUGCUUAUUAUAUGCUUGAAAUAUCACACAUCCUGUUGACUCUUUGGGGGACAAGAGAAGAGAAUUGGGAAGCAGGGACUAGUAGGAAAGAAAGCUGAGGAAGGAAAGUAUUCCCACCAAAUGACUGUUCAGUCCUGCUGAAGAGACCAACUUUUGCAUCUCAAGAUGGUAAACUAAGGCCCAUUCUACCAGCCUGGGGUCUCUACAGGUCUGACCCUCCUUUGUCCUAUGACUAAUGGACUCACUGAAUGACUUGUAUUCUUCUGAGUGGGGUGACACAAAGCCUGUACCUCCAAGGUAGCAUCCUGAGCCUCAGUGGGUUCCCAUUGACUCCAGAGAAAAUGUGUAUGUGAAGCUGCAUGUUCUUAAGUCUUGAAGGUGAAACCAGUGGUAUGCAGUGGUUACCACCACCCACGGAAACACUUCCUUCUUCACAAGCACUCCUUUUACUAACACCACCCUCACUGGGGUGAGGCUGAGGGGAGACGCCUGGAGAGAAGGGUCAGGAUUGCUUCCACCGCUGUUGGGCAGUGAAGUCCUGGAGGCAGUUUCAGGAAGCACAUCGGGUUUCUUAAGUAGAGGCCCUGAGCAUGAGCUUAGUCUCUGUCCUUCCUUUCCUACUAGUCUCCUGUAGGUAGGCUCCCACCCCAUAUUAAGGAGGCCACAAUCUGGGGACCAACCACACCAACAAAAAGCUCCCUUUGCAGCCAAGGUGCAGAGUUGAGGUGAGGAUCGAAAGAACAGAACCGGAUCUCCAAAUGCUAACACAAUUUGAAGUGUUGCACAGGCCCUUCCUCCUGGCAGAGAACUAAACAGAAGUGUCUCUCCCAUCACCCUUCGCCACCACCACCAGAGGAGAGAAAAGUACCGAUAAAUCCACCCGUCUGUAGAUACCUUAAGUCACUCUUCCAAGAAGUCAUUGAGUGGCACUGAUAAGCCAGCUAAUCUUAGCUUUGCUAUCCAUUCUGAGCUGUUCCUGACUCAGCUUCUGACUUUACCAAUGACAAAAUUUCUUACCUUAUAAAUGGAGCACUUACCAUUUUUCUAGGCCUAUAUUCACAGGGUCCCAGAAAGAAAAUGACCUCAAAUUUCUUUUGCAAAGGAAAAUGUUUGAAAACACAAAAAUCUUAACUAAUUGAAACACCGUAUUAUUAACUGUUUUCCAAGUAGCAUCUGUAUGGCUAUUCUCUUCCCUCCUCUGCUUCUUUGUCCCCUCUGUUGAAGAUGAGAUUUAAAGGUUUUAGGGGAAAAGCAGUUCUUUUGGCCUGGGAUAUAGCACAGUGGUAGACCACUUGCCUAGCAAGGUGCUGGGUUCCAUCCCCAGCACAAAAAUAGACAAAGCAAGCAUAUUUCUGAGACAUAUCUCAGAGCAGGCAGUAAGACCAUCAUGACAAUGUUUCUCUGAAGGCCUAACUUUAAGCUGCACUCUACUGAGAGAAGGCAUAUGGAUCUCUAGUAGAGCUUUGGAAAUUCAGGGACACUUAAGAUUUGUGAAAGAGCUUGGACAUCUUUGAGGACUCAAAGACUCAGAAUGAGGACUUGUGAGCUCAAGAAAAGAAAGGGGAGUGGUGAAAAUUCUCUCCUAAAAAAAUAGUAUCAAUAGCAGAAAAAGAUAAGCACUAUGAGUGAUACCUCUUAUCCCUCAAAGAACUGAAAACUAUUCUUAUGUUCAUACAGAAAGUAUAGUUCUGGAAAUCUCUAUAGACAUAAGUAGGAUGAGCAGAAUGACUUGGGAUUUAAGUGCCUAAAAUGAGGACAAAGUCUAGACCUGAAACUAAAGGCUAGACCACUCUAGGAAAUGGACUGUUUUGUAAGGUCACAGGAUGGAAUGGUCCCGAGUAGGAACAAUGAACCGGGGGUUGAGUACUCCUGGCUCUAAGGACUGUGGACUUAGAAUUCUGAGUCUAGAAGUUUUAUUUCCAGAACUUGUGUGAGCUCAAAAAGUAACAAAAGCUGUAGAUAGUCUGUACCCAGCCGUGCUAUCAAUAACAGGUUUUUGCACUUUGAAGAAAUUUGAUGCAAGUUCCCUCUGAAUAUUAUAAUAAUGGACUAUCUUAUACAUUGACAUUGAUUAUGUUGUUAUUUGAAAUUGGAAAUUAAUGUUUUAAUUAAAAAUGUAAGGACACCACAAUAUCUACCUUUCAGAAGUGUUGUGAGGUUGAUGUAAUUUUGUCUAUGGGUUAGUUCUACUUGUUUGUUUUGUUUUAUUUUGUUUGGGACAGAGGGGUGGGGAUGGGUUAUGUUGGAUGAUUGUAAAUUUUCUGCUAUAUGUACUAAGUCUGGAUUUAAAGACAUGAAAAAUAUCCCAAGACCCUACUAGAGCCAUAAUAGUAAUCUCAUUGCAAAUGAAGGUAACUGAUGUGUAACAGUUUCCUUCACAUUGUUCUAGUGCAUCAGAGUAGAGACUAUGCUGAACCUUGGAACCAGUGUCAGUUAACCACAUGCUAUGGAUGCUUCAUGGUGAUGCACCCAGGAAACUAGAAUAGCUUUGCUCCCUCACUGUCUUUGAGCUUCAACUCCAUUGACCCCACUCCAGGAAGCCUGGAGAGUGGCCCCACAGUGCCAGCCGCCUCUUUCCGAGCCCUUGCAAUACAUCCACAGGGCCUGUUUCAUAUUCUGAAUUAAGUGUGGUUUUGCUGCUUUCCCUUCUGAAGAGACUGAGAACACACAUUUUAACAUGCUAGGAAAAUGGGGCAGCCUUAAAAAUGACUGAUCCCAUUGCUAAUGACUCAUUUUUAAAAGGACUUUUCCAGGUUAGCAGACAAGGCCCUACGUGGUGGGCCAGCUUCUGUGGGUUCACAGAAACCAAAGUACUGUGGGUUGCAAAGAAUUAGCAGGUCAUUUAAAAAGUAGACAUGUCUUCACCCAGACUGUGGUUUUGCAUGCUCAGGUUCUCAGUCUAUGAGCUUUGGGGAAGGAUCAUUUUGGCUACUGGAAAAACCGUAGCUUAUUUUAAAUGUCUGGUUGCCAAAGCCACCACACGUGUGGUCUGUGCAUGACCCUGGUCUGCAGAAUGACGAGGAAGGAACACAGGAGGUUUGGGGCUCAGAGUGGCCUUACCGCCAGGAGCACGGCCGGGAGCCCUUGCAUAGCAGUUUCCACUUGGCUUGUGCUCACAGCCUCUCCCUCCCAUCUUUAUUUCUCAGAAAUGCCCCCUACCCAGUAGAAGCUUUUUUCCCUUCCUCUGGAGUUUUUCCCAGAAUCCAACCAUUUGGAGCACUGUAAAGUGCCCCCUCCUCUGUAAAGACUGUCCACAGGGGCUGGGGUCAUGGCUCAGUGGUAGAGUGCUUGCCUAGCAUGCAUGAGGCACUGGGUUUGAUCCUCAGCACCACAUAAAAAUGAAAAAUAAAGAUAUUGUUUCCACCUAAAACUAAAAAAUAAAUAUUAAAAAAAGGACUGUCCAAAGCCUGCUUUGAGCUAGCCAUGCUGAUCUCAGCAGAACAUGAGUGCAACAUCGCGUAUGAAACAGCCCUGCUGUGCUGUCAAUGUUUCUUUACCGUGUUCAAUUUUUACACUGAAAAAAUAAAAAAAAAUUCUGGUGUGUUUAAAAUUAA